GGGGUCAAACGACCCUUUCACAGGGGUCACCUAAAUACAUCCUGCAUAUCAGAUAUUUACAUGACGGUUCAUAACAGUAGCAAAAUUACAGUUAUGAAGUAGCAACGAAAAUAAUUUUAUGGUUGGGGGUCAUCACAACAUGAGGAACUGUAUUAAAGGGUCGUGGCAUUAGGAAGGUUGAGAACCACUGCUCUAGAUGAUCUAAUAAUCCUUUUCCUUCCCCCGCCUUCCCUUAUCCCUCCCUACACCAACCCCAUCCAAAGUGGCUCUGACAUUCCAGAAGCAGCCUUAAAUUGAGGUUUGAAGGUCCCAGGUAGGAGUUGCAACCCUGGUUUCCUACUGAGCACUGGGCCCUUGGCACUAGGUCCUAGUAGGGUAUUUGGUCUUGGCAGGUUGGAGCCGUAAGAGGGGAGAAAGGCCUCAGAGGGGACCUGCAUUGUGAUGACCUCAUCCACUCUAUGACAUCAUCCUCUCUCCCACACCCACUCCUCCCUGAUCAACUGCUCCACAAACAACCAUCAAUUUGAACCCAAAGGCCUGAGAAAGUCUGUUCUCCAGUACCUGCUGCUGCUCUUCUGCCUCAGACAGCAAGAAAGCACCAUGAAAUUGGAAUUCACUGAGAAAAACUACAACAGCUUUGUGCUGCAGAACCUGAACAAACAGAGGAAACGGAAAGAGUACUGGGACAUGGCCCUCACUGUGGAUCACCAUGUCUUCUUUGCACAUCAAAACGUGCUGGCUGCUGUCUCUCCGCUCGUGAAGAGCCUCAUCUCCAGCAACGACAUGAAGACCGCCAAUGAGCUCUUCAUCACCAUUGACCCCAACUACCUGAGUCCGACCACAGUGGAGCAGCUCCUGGACUACUUCUACAGUGGCAAGGUGGUGAUCUCAGAGCAGAAUGUGGAGGAACUCCUUCGCGGGGCCCAGUAUUUCAACACACCACGCCUUCGAAUCCACUGCAGUGACUUUCUGAUUAAGUCCAUCCGUCGUGCCAACUGCUUGCACUACCUCUUCUUGGCCGAGUUGUUUGAGCUCAAAGAGGUAUCAGACUUGGCCUACUCCGGCAUUCGUGACAACUUCCACUACUGGGUUAGUCCUGAGGGCUCCAUGCACUUCAUGCGCUGUCCACCCGUCAUCUUUGGCCGCCUGCUUCGAGAUGAAAACUUGCACGUGCUCAAUGAGGACCAGGCUCUCAGCGCGCUCAUCAAUUGGGUGUACUUUCGAAAGGAUGAGCGGGAGAAGUAUUUCAAGAAGUUCUUCAUGUACAUCAAUCUUAAUGCCGUCUCCAACAAGACACUGACAUUCGCCUGCAACAAACUGAUGGGAAUGGAGAACAGCUCAGCUCACGCAACCAUGAUUGAGAGUGUCCUCGUGGACCGCAAGCAGGAGAAGCCAUGCAGCCUGCUGAGCUACCAGCGGAAAGGGGCCCUGCUUGAUUCGGUGGUCAUCCUAGGUGGCCAAAAGGCCCAGGGCAAGUUCAAUGAUGGAGUAUUUGCCUAUAUCAUACAGGAGAACCUGUGGUUGAAGCUCUCAGAGAUGCCCUACCGGGCAGCAGCACUUAGCGCCACCUCUGCUGGUCGCUACAUCUACAUCUCUGGUGGCACCACUGAGCAGAUUUCAGGUCUGAAGACAGCUUGGCGGUAUGACAUGGAUGACAACUCCUGGACCAAGUUGCCUGACCUCCCAAUUGGGCUUGUUUUCCACACCAUGGUGACUUGCGGGGGGACAGUGUACUCAGUGGGUGGAAGCAUUGCCCCAAGGCGGUAUGUCUCUAACAUCUAUCGCUAUGAUGAGCGCAAGGAGGCCUGGUACCUGGCAGGAAAGAUGAGCAUUCCGAUGGAUGGGACAGCCGUGAUCACCAAGGGUGACCGGAACCUCUACAUUGUCACUGGGCGGUGCUUGGUGAAGGGCUACAUUUCUCGGGUCGGGGUGGUGGACUGCUUUGACACCAACACUGGGGACGUAGUCCAAUGUAUCACCUUCCCCAUUGAGUUCAACCACCGGCCCCUGCUCUCUUUUGAUCAAGACAACAACCUCUGUGUGCACAGCCACCGGCAGAGUGUGGAAAUCAACCUGCAGAAGAUAAAGGCCAACAAGACGACCACCACAGUGCCUCUCUUGCCAAACUGCUGUCCCUUGGAUGUGUCCCAUGCCAUCUGCUCCAUUGGAGACAGCAAAGUCUUUGUAUGUGGGGGCAUCACCACAGCCAGCGAUGUCCAGACGAAGGACUACACCAUCAAUCCAAAUGCCUACUUGCUGGACCAAAAGACAGGCGAGUGGAAGAUCGUGGCCCCCCCACCAGAGGCACUGGACUGUCCUGCCUGCUGUCUAGCCAAGCUACCUUGCAAGAUUCUUCAAAGGAUUUAAACCACUUUUUAAGUGGGAGAAUAAGUAAAUGCAUUAUUAUUCGCAAUUUAAUGAGAGAGGGAAAGAAAGGAAGAUGGCCUGUUGGUUCCUUCUUUGUGUUCCAGUCUGUGUUCAUCCUGAAGGUGGAGAUUCUGGGUUAGGGCUGCUCCCAGGGGGUAGAAAUUCAGGACCACUCUGUCACUGGAGGGAUCCAAGCUGAGGCUGAGCAGGAGUCCCUGGUGGGUAGCAUGGAGGCAUGUCCUGGGCACUGGCUCCUAGUGGGUGGAAAUUCAGGGUCACUUUGUCACUGGAGGUUUCCAACCUGAGGCUAGUGGGUGAGAUUGAGACAUCUCCCGGGAACUGGCCAAGAUGAUAUCCGGAAAGCCCCCUGUUCUAUAACACUGUAGUCAAGUUGCAGGCAUCUGCUAGACCAGCGGUCGCCAACCCGUGGUCCGCGGACCACUGGUGGUCCAUGAGGUCCGAAAGGUUGGCGGCCACUGUGAUAGACUGAUAGGUAAAGCAUUUGUUUAGUUGGAAGGUCAUAGAUUCCUCCAACACUCACUUCCCUAGAGUCUUCCCAGGAAGGCAGGGAGGUCCAAUCCCAGGUCAGGGAGAAGAGCCCCCUGGGCUGGGGAGGAAGAAGGUGAUAUGGGCCUGGCUCAGGGAUGGGGCAUAGCCAAUGGGUUGGGGGUGGGAGAUGAAGUGUAGAAGAUGGGGGGGGGGCAGGGUAUUUUACUAUGAAGUUAUGGUAUGUCUGGGUAUCAUUUGAGGGAAAGUUCUUACAAUUAUUUACAGUAAGCAAGGUUCAUUGAAAACUUUCUCCAGAAAUAUGCGGUCUGAGGGACUCGGAAGAGAAGUCAGUAAAGGGUGAAGAGAGAAAUAUAUCUAUUGGAGAAAAGCUUGGGGAUGAGGCGAAAUGACAGGCUAAGAGAGACAGGAUGGUAUAGUGGUUGGUUACGGUCGCUGGGGACAGAUGGGCUAGUUCAAAUACCAGUUCCAUCACUUACUGGGUAAUCCUGGGCAAGUUACUUAACACCUCUCUGCCUUAGUUUCCUUAUCUGUAUAAGGCAGAUAAUAAGAGUGCUGGCUUCACAGGAUGAUGUGAAGUUUAAAUGAGUUACAACAUGCAAAAUGCUUAGGACAGUCCCUGGCAUAUAUUAAAAAGUGCUACAGGAGGACUUUUAAAAAAUUACCUUUAUUGUUGAAAGUAUUACAGUCCCCUCUUUCCCCCCAUUGACCCCCUCCACCACACUUCUGCCCCCACCAGGCCUUCACCACACUAUUGUCUGUGUCCAUAAGUUAUGCAUAUAUGCAUAUAAGUUCUUUGGUUAAUCUUUCCUCACCCACCCACCCUUCGCCACCUUCCCUCUGAGAUUUGUCAGUCUGCUUCCUGCUUCUGUAAAGGAGUGAGGCAAGGGUCCAGGUUCUUGGCCCUUAUAUUAAGUUAGGUUCCAUAAAAUGCUUUCUGAAACUUCCUACCUCAAAGCUUUGGUGAGCUUCCUUCAAUUCUAACUACCUCUGUUUCCCUUUCAUUCAUUUAUGUACUUACAUAUAAUCCUCAACAAUUUAGAAGAAACUGACCAAGUCCUUGAACACCAUAUACAAUCCUCUUUCAUCCAUUCACCUCAUUCAUUUAUGAAUUUACUUAGCCACUCAAUUCACACUCUCUCACACACACACACACUCACACACACACACACACACUCACACACACACACACACACAGUGUGUCCUCUUUCUAGGCCAGAACCUUGGACUUCACUGCUGACCCCCUCUCCCCUGGAACUUGUCCCACACUUCUCCGUUCCCCAAUCCUGGGAAGCCCCCACCUCUGCUCGCCUCACUGCAUCCCCCCAGCUAGAGGAACGGGGUCUUACAGACCCAUGCAACUAAGCCCAGCUGCCCCAGCCCCCAGCCCACUCCGCUUAGCUGACCACGGAGCCACCUCUUACUGACGCUGGAUGCCAUUCCCCACAGCUGAUUCUCCAACCCUCUCUGGUGUCCUGGGGCCCCACGGCUUCCCUCUCUUCUUUCUCAGCCACUUAUCUCUCAUCCUGCCACCAGAGCUCCAGAGAGUUCUGAUGACCUGGACUCCACAAACAAUCCCAUGCCCACCACAAAUCUCUCCAGAGCUUUGGCUUCUUUUCUGUGCCUCAGAGGAAGAGGUGCCCUUCCACAAUUUGAUGUUGAUCCCUCCUGUCUCCUCAUUCUGUCCCCUCACAACUUCUCAGGCUCCUCAGUUCCCUCUCUACACCCCCUUCCUGAUUUCUUCUCUCCAUCCCAUAAAUAUUCUC